AUGGACACGUUAUUUCAACAUGUCUUCGGGCGUUACGCGUGGUUAAUGGAUUGCUUCAUGACCGACUAUUUCAUUUCGGAUCACUGGAAUAGGCUUCCACCUUCAUGGCAAUCAGCAUUCAAGGAUGCGGAGCCCGAGGACCUUGUAUGUCUUGUUACUGUAUCACAUUAUCCAAGCAAAGUCGUACUGCCUUUGUCGAUCCUGUGCCUUAAGUCUAUAAUUAGCCGUUUACCAUCUCGAUCGGCUGUACGGUCAUCUUCUGAUAUAGCGAAGGCAUGUGGAAUGCGGUCAAGAAAUGCGCUGGUUCCAUCGGAUCGAGCCUCCAUAGGAAUCGCUGCAAAUAAUAUUCUUCGAACAAAAAUGAAACUUAAAAAACAGUACGAGAUCGACUGCGUUGUGAGAAUGGCCACCAUAUUGAGAGAGAACGAAGCAGGACCAUUUUUCAACACACUAAUAGAUAUUGGUGCUGGUAUGGGCCAUCUUGCGAGGGUUCUUAGUAUCGCUUUUCCUGACUGUCCAGUUGUAGCCGUUGAACAGGACAAAGAAUUGGUACAACGAUCCAUUGAGUUGGACCACACUGUGCCUAAGUUCCACAAGAAUUUCAUACCACCACGUCAUCAUUGUGAAUCGGUGCAGUCCGGUUUUUAUGGAUCAUGUCUUGACGAAUUAUCUGAAGAAUUGGUUCUGAUAUCGUAG